CGAGUGCAUUGGUGCUUUAGCCUAUGCAUCACAGCGAUUGUCUGGCUCGUUUGAAGAUGUUGCCCGUUGUUUCCACUCCUUACCAUGCUGCGAGUCUGCACGCUGGUAGCUUAUCUUCAUUCAAGCUUCUUACUGGGUUCUCUGCUUAGCGUGUGUUUACAUGCUAUCUUGCGGCUAUCAAAGACCAACGAGAGUAUGGUAUCUUCCCUUGAAGCCGGAAUGCGGACGCCGAGUCGAGCCUGUUCUGCGGUGAUGUGCGCCGACAUAAAUAUCUGAAUGUGAGUUCCUGCAUUUUGUGGUCUUUGAAACCAGAGUCCAUCUCCUGUUUCUCCAUCUGUUGAAUCUCCUCUCUGGUAGGAGCCCACCUUCUCGACAUGGCUGCCUACAAUCUUCCGGUCGACAGCGUCCCUGGGACCGUCCAUCUGGUCGAUCUGGAGCAUAGUAUGCACACCCGCCAUGCUGGCGGCACAGGCGAUGUCGUCCUUGUGCCCACUCCAUCGGAUGAUCCAGAUGAUCCCCUGAACUGGUCGCCGAAACGCAAACUUCUGUCCACCAUCUCGGUCAACGUAUAUACCCUGUUCGUCGGUAUCUCCGGAUCUGUCGUCUACUCCGUCAUUGUCCCGCUUUCUGAGGCUUCGGGUGUAUCGAUCAGCACUCUGAACCAGGGCACAGGGUAUUUGUUUUUACUAUGUGGUUGGGGACUCCUCUUCUGGCAGCCAUUUGCUCUUCGUUACGGCAAGCGGUUGACAUAUCUUCUCUCCAUUGUCGGUUGCAUUGGAUGUACACUAUGGGGUCCCUACGCUCGCAGCGACGGCAUGUGGAUCGCGAAGAACAUCGUCAAUGGUUUCUUCGCUGCUCCGAUUGAAGCACUACCUGAAAUAUCGGUGACCGAUGUGUACUUCACGCACGAAAGAGGAACCUACAUGGGUAUCUAUGCACUCUUCUUGGCCGGAAGCAACUACUUCGCCCCGGUCAUCUGCGGCUUCAUUGCAGACGGCAUGGACUGGAAAUGGGUGUUUUACUUUCCCGCCAUGUUCCUCGGCUGUGCGCUGGUCUUCUGCUUCUUCUUCAUGGAGGAGACGAAUUACCGACGGUCGACUGUUGGUAUCGUGGAGAUUGAGAGCGGGGCACAGAGCCCGGUUCUCACUGAGCCGAACGAUGAGAAGGUUGUUGCCGAGAAGAAGGCCACUGUUACAGGAGAGCCCGAUCUAGCCAGUAUCGAGAAGGGAAGGAUUCAGACCGGCAGUAACAAGUCGUUCUUGCAGAAAUUGUCCCUCUGGCAGCCCUCGCCAGGCCAAGACGUCGUCGGGAGAGCCAGCCUGUCGCUCAAGUAUAUGCGGUGGCCCGUGAUAUUCUACGCUGGGUUUAGCUAUGGGAGCUACCUUAUCUGGUUCAACGUCCUUAACGCAACAGCCAGCCUUAUCCUCUCCGCACCGCCAUACAACUUCAAAGCCUCGAUGGUCGGCCUGAGCUACGUUUCCACUUGUCUCGGCGUGAUCGUGGGGUCGUACUUGACCGGCCGCCUGAGCGACUGGUUGACGCUAAAAUUGGCCCGACGGAAUGGCGGGAUCAUGGAGCCUGAGCAGCGGUUGUGGCCGUUCGCACUGUGCGUCGUGCUUGUCCCGGCGACGCUGAUCCUUUGGGGGGUCGGCGCGGCGCACCAUGUGCACUGGUCAGGUCUUGUGAUAGCCAUGGGCGCGCUAGCGGCGUGCAACGUGUUUGGUAUCACGUUGAGCGUGAAUUAUCUGAUCGAUACAUAUCAUGAAAUCAGCGGCGAUGCGAUGACGACGGUCAUCAUUGUGCGGAACACGAUGAGUUUCGCGAUCGGGUAUGGAAUUACCCCCUGGGUAGAGAAUCUGGGCCUGCAGAAUUGUUUUGUCAGUGCCGCGUUCAUUGGCAUGGCCGCGAGUAGUGCCUUUCUCAUCAUGAUUGUCUGGGGAAAGAAGUUUCGGGAACGCAGUCGGGUGGAGUAUUGGAAUCUCGUGGCGGAGUUGAUGAAGAAGGGGGCGGCGACUGUUUAGGUGGUCGAGGAGAAAGAGAAGGAGUGCUGGCGGUAGAAGGUGGUGUCUGCUUAGUGUUGAGGGCAGGGUAACAGGAUGGGUACAUAGGUUGAAAGAACAAGAGAAGGAGAGUCCUAUCGACAAUAGCACCGACUGGCGUUGUCGCUAUCGAUUGUACUGGAUGGAUGCUGGAGCCACCUAGGGAGCUG